AUACAUGUGGAGCACGAGGCCGGAGCGCCAAAAACCGUUCGAUAACCGCUCAAAAUCGUCGGCGGUUUUUUUCUGUGAUGUAAAGCGACGGAGACCCUCCUCGUUUCAGCGUCUCUCUUUGAAAGGCAUCUCGGAACAUGGUAGAGUUCCCGUUGGGCUAUCGCGAGGUCGUGCCGAAUCAAACUCUGCCAGAGAAAUGGAAGGAGAUCACGCUGAACACAGGUGGAAGCCAAAGUACAUUGCAAGAUAUAAAAGUGCCAGAGAGGGCAGGUGGCUACUCGUACAAAGAUUCUUCCAAAUACUUCACUCGUAACCGCUUCAUUUACUGGCGCAUUUCCCACGAUGUACUCGAAUUGGUCGAGCACAGCUUGGACAUUAAUCUCGUCAACUGUCGAGUGAGAUACAAAUUUACGGACACCCCGAUUCUAGAUGGAAUCUCCAUUCACGAGACAGUCAACUCUGUUAUUAUCUUGAUCGUCACCGUUUCCAGCGUUCACAAGCUUUCCUUCUCUCACCCGGAUAAAAUCCACAGUCAAGAAAAUCUAUUGGGAACUUAUACCGAUCUCAGUGUACAAUCUAUAUUUACCAAAGCCUCCGUACAAAAUGCCAGAGAUCCUCAUACAUUUCACAUUAUUUCGAAUGCCGGAGCCACAAAUUCUCCAGUGCCUCAUGCGGCAGCGUCGUGGCUUACACUGCCGCAGGAAGAGGCGUUGUUCGCCCUCGCGUACAGCUCGGCCACCAUAUUACUCUUGAGGCUCGACACGCUGACGGGUCUCGUGCACACGAGUGAACUGAAACAGGACUCGAUAAUGCCCAAGUUUUUGAGCGGUAUAGCCACUGCAUUCCGAGGACGUAAUACCGAAGCCCACGUGGCUAUGUCUCUCGUUAUACACAGCUACGGCAACGAUACGUACCUGUAUGCGUUAUGCCGAGAAGGCAAUAUACGUAUAUGGUCUUGCAACAAGACGCAGUGCGUGGCUGUGACGGACGCGGCGACCGAGAAUCGUAUGGUAUCUCAAGGCGCGCAAGGCCACGUUUUGAGGAAAGCGCUGGGCAACGAUAACGAGUUGUAUCUCGGGACCUUCUUAAAAUUCGGCACGGGAUGCGAAUUCAGCAUUCUGAAGCCCGUGCAGGACAACGGCAUAUUCAAGUUCGUUAGAUUAUGUACGUUAUACGCGCCGGACCAACAUCUGGUAGACUUUGCAUUCACGCCAACCAGAUUGUGGGCCGUGUGGAGAACCGCGGACAUGGACGCGGUGGCGGUGACGCACGCACAUUUGCCGCUGACGCACCGCACUAAUCCCGAGUGGGAGACGACGAUCUUGGAACAGGCGCGCGACAGGGAUUACAUUGUGACCGAACCCGGAACGGAUCCGAGGGAGGCGUACAUCAAUUACAUUUUUCACCCUGGACAGUUCUCACUGGCGGACAUCACGAAAGCUCUGAGCAUCUACAGAAGAUCCAAUGUAGUGGCGGAAAUGACAUUUCCCCCGCCGGCCGCAUUGAAAGAGAGGGUGUGCAUGGCCGUGGAGGCCGAGAUGCAGGCGGAGGUGAUGGAUUACGUGAUUAUGGACGAAGAUUAUCUCGAGAUCGCUAAUCGUUGCUGGUCGAAGUUCUACUCGUGCGUCGUGCAGUACCACGCCAACGGCACUCGCCCGGUGGGCCUGCUGCUGCUGCCGAGCGUUUACGGCGUUGUGCUGCUGAAGAAGUCCUCGUUCUCGCUUCUGAGACCCAUGGAAGCUUUGGAGCAUCUCGUACUUUGCAACGAUAAGUCCUACAUAUCACGGUUCAAGACGACGCCUGUUCUGUCGCAAGACGAAGACACCUGUCAAGAUCUAAUCACGUUAAUGUCGGCGCUGAUCAUGCUGGGGGAACAGUUGUCCGAAGAGACUAAAACGGAGAUCGAGAGAGAAUUGUAUCAUCUGAGAAGUCCGGAUCUCAUAAUCGAUGACUUGCUGUCGAAACUAAUGUUGGAACCUGACGACGCGCUGUCGGAUUUUGACUUUCAAUCGGAACUCUGUCACAAGCUGAGUCACGUUAAAGACAUAUCCGGAGCCAUGGCCAUGUUGCUGGAGGCUUUAACGUACGAUCUCGGACAGCCGAACAAGCUGCAAUUCGAGGACGAUCACGAUAGUUCGAAACUCUUGUUGAACGUCACUCAUCUGUUUGGCAGUCAGCUGGGAAUUUCCGCGGUAGCGGAAACCAUAACGCAAAUAGCGCUCUUGAGAUUCUCCAUCUGCAGGGAUCUGUUGAUGCUGCAGCAGCUCAUACUGCUGCGUCCCGAGAUGUUUAAUUCGAGAUCCUUGCACACCAUAAGAUCGUCGUUGGCGCCGCGAACCGUUGUACUUACUCAAGCUUACUACGUCGUCACGUGGAUAUGCGAAUCGACGGCAACGUACACUUCACAAUCAUUACUGGAAUCCAGUUCUCAACGGCUUUCAACUCUCAAGCUCGCCGACUCGCGAAUUAAUGUUGGACAGAAGCAGCAUCGAUCUCUCUCGCUUUUAGAACUGUUUAUUCAUAGCAGCGGUGCGAAACACGCUCAUAUUCUGAUGGCCCAGGCGAACAUGGACCCGACGACCCUGAUACCUUGGCACUACAGUAUGCUGACGCAUGUGACGCUUCUCGCGCAACUCGUAUGGCCGAUAUCCGGGAACUUUAUCUUCCCCGAAUGGCUGCUCUCCAGUUGUCAAUUCCUGCUUGUUCAGGAAUACGUGAGACUUCUGAACCCGUGGUGCGAGUGGAACAGCGCCUCGAGGAAGUUCAUACUAGCGGUUGCCUUGCUAGAAAUGGGGGAGAUGCAAAAGGCGUGCGAUCAUUUUGUGCGCGCUUCCAACGGAAUAUUGACCGACGUGUUUCUGGUGGAUGCCUUACUCAACUCCAACGUAACGACGAGAAAUAAGGAUCUGGUUCAUUACUAUCUGAAAGUGAUCAAAUUGUUCGAGGAGCACAGCGCGUCCGAUUGUAUCAUAGAUAUCGCCGAGGCGGCCAUAACAAGCGCCGACGCGAACGAUCCGAAUCUGCCGACGCUUCAUUCCAUAAUAUUCACGCAACAUUUAAGUCUGGGCCACCACACGGAGGCUUACCAUUGCCUGAACGCAAAUCCAGACCCCGUGCGUAGAGUGGACUGCUUGCGGCAGUUGGUCGUUACGUUGUUCGAGAAGAAGUUGCUGAUAGAUUUGAUUUCUUUUCCCUAUGUCGACAUGUACGAGGACCUCGAGAGAAUAGUGGAGGGCAGAGCCAGAAGUGUCGAUCUUAUGGAAAACAAUUAUUAUAAUUUUCUAUACAGCUUCCACGUCAACAAACAAAACAUGCGGAAAGCCGCAUCCGUGAUGUACGAACAGGCUAUGCGUUUGAGCCAAGAGCCUCACUCCGCGCCGAUUAUAGCGAAGCACGCGCAAUGCCUACUGGCGUGUAUUAACGCUUUGCAUCACGUAAGCGAGAAGUACAGGUGGAUCGUGAGGCCUUUAAUCGAUCAGAGUGUCUCUGGCGAGAUGAACUCGUCGAAUCCGCAAAAGAAGAGAAGCAUCGACGGAAAAGAGGUGUUGCAUUACAAGAUAAAGAAACAAAUCGAAGUACUCGAGCUUGACGAUAUCAAGAAGGAAUAUUAUAUAGCGGACGCGAGACUAAAAAUAUCGAAAGUGAAUUCGGAAAUGCAUAUAGUAGCACAUACUGAACUAUCCGAGCUUAUCGUCACCCUGUGUAGCACUGGCCUGUACGCAACGGCGCUGCACUUAUGCGAUGAAUUUAAAAUUAGUAAAGCCUCUGUACUGAAAAGUUUGACCUCUCAAUGCAUCAAAUUGAGCCAACGCGAGGACCCAAACGCCUGGGAUUGGCUAAUACAAAAUGAUAUAUUUGAUAUAGGAAUAUCUAAUACAACUAUUACGAACACCGCUUGGAGGCUGUUAGAGUAUUUCAUGUUGAAGCACGAAGAGAGUGAUAACUGCGAACUACACAAGGCCGUUGCACAAAAGUUGCUGCAAGAUGGAGCUUUUCUGCCGCAAUGGUUAUUAAUAUCGUAUAAGAAGCGAAACGCGUCGGAGCUUCUUCGUCUCAUGCUAAGUACCGGUCGACUAGUGGAAGCCAGCGACUUAGCGGUAGAUUAUAUCAACGCGGCAUUAGGUAGCGGUAAAGAACAUUUUGGCCUUGAAACACCAUUAGUAGCUACCGCUCCGCCUGUUUGGUUGCCGCUUAAUACCAUAGAAGUAUUGUUAAGUGAAUUAAAGCACUUGAGUAAAGAUUCGGCUCAUACAGAGAGCUACGAGAAAUUAAAUGCAACCUUGGAGAAGUACCUGGAAACGGUAGAACGCGUUUCGGAAGACAUGAUUAAAAUGAAACUGAUGAACGAACAGUGCUAGUAGUAGAAUCAAGCGAACUUUUUGUAUCUACGCUCCGCGCAUCAUCCCUCAACUGGUCUCCUGCGAUGUACAUACUUGUGUCAAUUUAUAUUAU